AUGGAGGGUGCCUUAUAUAACAAUGAGCGCCACAGUGACAUUAUAUUCAGCGAUUACGGGCACACGUGGGAGAGUUUGCGACGCGUAUCGCACACUGCUAUACGAAAAUACGCCAAAAGCGAUGAUUUACCAAAAGUGGUGGACGAGGUUGUCCGGGAAACCGUUGACCUAAUUAUAAAUAAACAUGGUCUUAAUAAGCCGUUUGCGCCCAAACUACUCGUUUUUAACAUGUUAGCCAAUAUUGUCGGCACCAUUGUGUUCAGUCAAAAGUUUGACAUUGAGCAAGAUGAACUGAUAAAGUUCAAGUACUGUUCCACUGACUUUCAAAGUGACCUUGGUAUAUGGCUGGUUCUAUACGAAUUUAUGCCGAUUAUACGUUGUUUUAUGCGUAAUCCACUAAUAAAGUACGCAAAGUACAAAGAUGAAAUCAUGAAAUACAUCAUGGACAUUUAUGCAUCCCAUAAUGACACCUACAAUAGGGGUGUUAUACGCGACUUUUGCGAUACACUUAUUAUGGCUAAACAUGAGGCGGUUGAACAGGAUAAGUUAACUGCACCCUAUUUUACCGAUGAGAAUCUAGCUGCAUCUAUUAAUGAUCUGUUUAUGGGUGGUGUUGAGACCUCUAGUACGACAUUUCAAUGGAUGUUACAAUUCAUGGCUUAUUACCCGAAGUACCAGCAAAAGUUGCGUGAUGAGAUUACACGCGAGAUUGGGGAUAAAGUACCCAUGGUCGAUGAUAAACCUAGAUUAAAUUACGUGAUGGCAUACAUAUCGGAAAUGUUACGAUUCAGAAAUCCCGUCUCAAUUGGCAUUAGUCAUAAAGCAAUGGCAAGCAUAUCAUACGGGAAAACACUUGUGUACUAUUACACCAACACAGCAUUUUAA